AGCGGGGCGGGGCGGAAGGGCCCGGGUCUGCUGCGGACGGGGCGGGGCGGAGCCUCCUCCUGCACGGGGGAGCCCCCGGGCUCGCCCCAGCUCAGACACUCUUAGCCUUGGGGCAGCUGCCGGGCGAGUCAGCGGAGUAGCGGCCAGCGGGCGAUGGAGACAGAGAGACACCCGACGAGAGGAGGCGGGGUGGGGGAGGCGGGGAGAGUGCGGGGGCGGAGGCUGGCAGGGGGCGCUGGAAGCUGGAGCGGUCCGUGCGCUCCCCGCGCCCGAGGGUGCAGGAGGCUCUGAAGCGGCUGCUGCACCGCGGGGCCCAGGCGGCGGCUGGGGGGCUGGGGGGCGCUGCCGCCGCCGCCGCCGGGGGCGUCGCUGGCCUCGGCCCCUUUGUUCUCGCGCGCUCCCCCUCGCCGCCCACUCCCCUGCUGUCGCGCGGCGGCGGCGGUGGCGGCGGCGGCUCCUCCCGCCCGAGGCAGUCGGGCUCGGCGCCGGGGGCGGGAGGGGGCGGGGGGAGCACGCCAGCCGCCGAGAGUGGGGGGCGAUGGCGAAGCUCCGGGUGGCUUACGAGUACACGGAAGCCGAGGACAAGAGCAUCCGGCUCGGCUUGUUUCUCAUCAUCUCCGGCGUCGUGUCGCUCUUCAUCUUCGGCUUCUGCUGGCUGAGUCCCGCGCUGCAGGAUCUGCAAGCCACGGAGGCCAAUUGCACGGUGCUGUCGGUGCAGCAGAUCGGCGAGGUGUUCGAGUGCACCUUCACCUGUGGCGCCGACUGCAGGGGCACCUCGCAGUACCCCUGCGUCCAGGUCUACGUGAACAACUCUGAGUCCAACUCUAGGGCGCUGCUGCACAGCGACGAGCACCAGCUCCUGACCAACCCCAAGUGCUCCUAUAUCCCUCCCUGUAAGAGAGAAAAUCAGAAGAAUUUGGAAAGUGUCAUGAAUUGGCAACAGUACUGGAAAGAUGAGAUUGGUUCCCAGCCAUUUACUUGCUAUUUUAAUCAACAUCAAAGGAUAAAGGCCAUGCUCUUCCAAUUCCAACUUCAACUUCUGCCAUUGAAUCAUGUGCCAGUCAAGGAAAACCAAAGACAAAACAACAAGAAAACAACAACAAAAUAGCAGACACGGUCCUUGCCUUCAUGGAGCCUAUAGUCUGUAGUCACAACAGUAGUAUAAUUACAAAGUAGGGUAGUGCUAUGAAGGGGAAGCUGAGGAUGCUGCUAUGAGAUAUUACAGCAUGAUGGGGAAUUUCAAAGACCUUUCUGUGUAAAUCAAAAUUAGGUCAAGACCAGAGGAUGUUCAAGAAUUAGCUAGGUAAAAAGCUAGGGGGAGAAUAUUUCAGAAUGAGAUACUACCAUGUGCCAAUGUUCUGCGGCAAAAAAGAGCUUGGUGGUUUUAGGUACUAGAAGGCCAGUGUGUCAGGAGAACUGUGAAUGAGUGGGAGAGUGGAGCAAGAACUAGACAGGGCUUAGAUUUCUCUUAAAAUGUAGUGAGCAGCCAGUCGUUGGUUUUAAGCAGAGUGGUAAUAUGGUCUGCUUUACAUAUUUUAACUUUUAUUCCAGCUGCAUCAGUCACCUCGAGUCAUUCUGUUUCCCAUACACCUUGAUGCCUUUGCUCCUGUCUCUUUCUCCUCACCUGGGGACACCUUCACCUUUUUUACUUCUGGGAAUUAGCACAGCACAGUAGUCCUAGAAUGAACUCUAGAACCAAACGCUUUCUAGUGGCGUGGUCUUAGAUAUGUUACUGAAAUCUAUCUGUGCCUCAGUUUCCUUUGCAGAAGUGGGAUAUAAUAUCAAGGAGAUGGCAUGUGCCUAACCCACAAUAAUUCCUACAAAAGUGUUUGCUAUUAUUGUUUUUAUUACUAUUAUUAAGAUUCACCUCAAAUGUCACUGUGUAACCUUCUCCCACCUUUUCAGGUAUAAUUCAUUACUUCCUCUUCUGCAGUCCCACACUGCCAUGGUUGCUUUUUUCACACUGUUAAGAGAGUUGAAUAUGUACUUUUUUGUUGUUAUAGAUUAUGAAUUCCUUAAGGGCAGCAGUCAUGUGACAUCAAGCAUCAGGGUUUACAUUUCUCCUCUACCACUGAUUAAUUGUACGACCUUGGAUAAAUAGUGCAGCUUCUCCAUCUUGGUUUCCUCGCCUGUAAAAUGAGGAUAGCAUUACCCAUCUUAAGAGCUUCUGUUUUGGUUUUGUAAGAAACACAUUUGCACCAUAGCUAAUACUAAUACUUAGUAAACACAUAUGCUUUUCUUCCCUGCCUCUGUAGAUUUCUAACAACUAAGUUAGAAACAAAGUUGGGCCUGGUUAUUUACUGAUUGGAGGCUGAGGUGCUGAAUAAAUAAAUAAUGAGGGUUUUAUGAAUGAGUAAAACAACAGAACACAAAAAAAAAGGAAGAAAGAAGAAAUUCUGUUGUUAAAAUAAAUAUGUUGUACUCCUGAUGCUAACA